AUGGAAGAAGAGAUGAAAGUUCUAGCGCAAAAGCACCGGCCGCAGAAACCAUCCGGCAAGAAGAAAUCCUCCCGUAACGACAAGUACGUCCACCACGAGGGGGAAGACGUCCAAAGCGAACAUAACUACGCCAUCAAUUCCGAACAGGAUAAAACCUCCGGAAACACUUGGACCAGGAACCAGUACAAGGAUAAUUCCUACUGCGAGUUCCAUCAAGUCAGAGGUCACUCCACCACCAACUGCAAGGUCCUUGGCGCCAGGCUCGCUGCAAAGCUCCUCGCCGGCGAACUAGCAAAGGUCCCGAGCAAAAAAGACCUGGUCUUGGAUUCCGAUCGCCCGCCGAAGACUGAUAAGGCCGCUCCUGAGAACAGUGCGCCUGAAAAUCAGUCGGGCGAAAAGCGCGGAAGGAGACAUGUUGAUCAAGGAAACAAUAACAAUCGCCAAAGAAUAAACAUGAUCAUCGGAGGAUCGCAGUUCUACCAAGGCUCGGUCUCAUCGAUCAAAGCUUACGAGCGAAAAGUCGAGACCAGUUCCAACUGGCUUUCGGAAAACGACGUCCCCAACCACAGGAUCGUUUUCGAGGAACAAGAAACCGUAGGAAUCGACAAGCCUCAUUACAAUCCUCUAGUCAUCAAUUUGGUAAUCCAAGAUCUCGAAGUCGGCCGCAUCCUUGUCGAUACAGGAAGUACGGUCAACAUCAUGCUCUGCGACACCCUCCAUAGGAUGGAUAUCCCGCUUAGAGAAGUCAUCUCGGAGCCGAGACCUCUGACUGGAUUCUCGGGCGUCACCUCUAUGACCCUCGGGAGGAUCAAACUCCCGGUCAUGGCUAAGGAAGUUACGAAAAUCGUCGAGUUUGCAGUAGUCGAUAACCCUGCCAUUUACAACGUGAUUAUGGGAACCCCCUGGAUAAACGCCAUGAAGGCAGUACCAUCCACAUAUCAUCUUGGCACCAAAUUCCCGACUCCAAUUGGAACCGCAGUAAUCUGGGGAAGCCAGAAACAGUCGAGACUUUGCUUCCUAGCCGAGCACCAACUACGAAAAAACCGGAACGCCCCCGUGGCUAACCCAAAGCGAGCGAAAAAAUCGCUAAACAUUCCCGAGAACUCGGGAAAGGAUGAUCCAGAAUCGUCCAAUUUGGCAACGACUCAAGACAACGACAAAGUCCCCGAGUCCAUCGCCGUAGAAGCGGACAACUCAACUCCCGAAAAGACCACCGACCUAGCUAGUACGGUCGAGACGUCGACACUCAGAGAGUAG